GUAACCCGUUUUUUUUCGAUUGGGUUUAAUCUUUUCCUGUUACUCUUGGUUUUUCAUGAGCGACUCUGAAAGCGACCCGACCGAGGAUGGCGGCUCCAAACCCAUUCGCGAGCAGGACCGCUUCCUGCCAAUUGCCAACACGGCGCGCAUCAUGAAGCGAGCCAUCAGUCGCGACCAGCCGGACGCAGGCAAGAUCGCCAAGGACGCCAAGGAGUGCGUGCAAGAGUGCGUGUCCGAGUUUAUCAGCUUCAUCACCAGCGAAGCGUCCGAUCGCUGCCACAACGAGAAGCGCAAGACAAUCACGGGCGACGAUCUCAUCUGGGCAAUGCAAUCCCUGGGCUUUGACAAUUAUAUCGAGCCCUUGCGAGCAUAUCUGGCCAAGCUUCGCCAGGCUACUCACAAAGACCAAGGAGGCUACGCAGGCAGAUCUACGGCUGUGGAAGAUUUACCCAUGCCAGAGUUCCCCGUGCCAAUUAUUCCCACUUUGCCAUCACACCGCUGAAGCGCCCUUCCUGGACGUGAUUUUGCUCUUAAAAAAUGGCCAACUGUACAGUCAUGUAUUCUGCGAAAAAGAAAACGAUAACACAAACCAACAACAGAAC